AUAAAGUUAAAAAAAAGCUUAAUAUUAAUUACAUACCAAAACUAUCUUAUUAUCGUAUGUGUCCAGACUUUACGACACCCUGUAAAUUGUCGCUAUUGUUAUCGGCUUAAGAUGACAACUUGAAACUCUAAUGCUGGAUAUAAAUGACGAGAUGCGUGUGUCAGUAACGACCAUGUGGUGAAUAUUAAUAUGACUUUACACUUGUGGGGUGUGGUGUACAUAUAUAAACCAGAAGUUGGAAAACUAUUAAAGCGCAUCGAGUUCGAAUCUCAACACGCUUCCAGUAGUCUUAGCUGUUAUCCUGACCCUACAGGCAGCACGGAAGCAUUCUGAAAGAUACCGCUUCCCCAACAAGUCCAGAACAUUAGAUAAGACCAUAGUGCACUGAGCAUGAAAUUAGAUAAGACCACAGUGCACUGAGCAUGCUAUAACAUGCAGGAAUCAAAAGCAAUAAAAACAUAAUUCUGAUAUUGGACAAUUAUAAUUUUUUUGUCUCAUUCGCUGCUACUACCGACAAAACAAAUGUAUAACAAACGGCAAGAAGAGCUUGUCACUAUAAGAAUGAAGGGCACAUUUUAGACAUGUCAGGGAAAACAUUAUUUACAAUGUCAGUUCACUAAAAUUCACUGAAGUUCACCAAAGUUUCUUUUCGCUUAAAGUCAAAAGAAAAGUCAAUAGUUUGUUUUUCCGAGAAAGUAUAUAUAAAUAGCAAUGAGAGUCUCUAAGUGUGGUACAAGGCAUCCGAAAGAUUUUGUUUUGGUAAACCUUCCUCAGUCUGGCCUACAGAACGGACACAGUAGCGGGACGUCCAAGCUGCCUGGUUUCAAGGCUGUUGUUUAAAUGGAUGAAUAAGAGUUUCAGAACUGCCCUGUCAUCAAAGAAGAAAUGCAGACAUAUAUGUCUUGUUUCGAGACCCAUCUCCAAGAAAAUGCAACACCGAAAGAAACAAAGAUAUUGACACAUCUGACUGACAAUAAUAGAAGUAGAGAUACAUUUGACAUAGUGCAGCUUUUGAAGGAAGUCGUUGAGACAGACAUAGUGUGUGACAAGUUUUUGAUUCUCUCUGAACUUUCUACACAUGCCAGGGCAGUGAGUCAGGCAACUUUGAAUCAAUUUUUACUUUCAGCUUGUAAAAAAGGAAACACAUUUCUAGUCCAAUGUUUCUUAUUAUGUGAUGUUGAUAUCAACUGUAAAGAUGAUGAUGGGAACACACCAUUAAUGAUUUGUGCUUUGCACGGCUAUUCUGACAUCGUUCGAAUGCUGAUUGAGAAACGAGCCGACGUGAACAGCACUAAUAAAAACGGUGAUACGGCUUUGAUUCUCUCAGCGUCCAAGUCUGGCUCAACUGAUGUCCUUAGAAUGUUACUUGAACAGGAAGAGCUGAAGAUUGACAUAAAAAACUCUCAGGGUGAAACUUGUUUGACAAAAACUUUAAAAAAAUUUGAUUUCGACAAUGUCCAGGGAAUCUUAAAAAAAUUAAAAUCCUUUCAAUCUCUUGAGCAUAGCUAUAAUCAAAUGUUAUCAGAAGCACGGAGUACAUCUGUAUGUCUAAACAUAGAUACAUUAUUCCAGUACAUUGAGGAGGAAAUAUUCAACAAUAAGUCGGCGCUCCUGUCUUCAGCCUCUGUUAGUGAUUUAAAGAAUGUAAAAAUUUUAUUGUACUUUAAAGAGACAACAAAUACACAACAUUCUAAUAAAUUAUUAACAGAGCUUCUAGACAUUUUUAAGCAGAAGACGACGGAAGUCAAUACAUUAGACAUUGAAAUUGUAAGGACACUUUUAAACUUUAAACCAAACGGCGAAACGUUACAUUUGGGACAGUACGACAAACACAUUCUAGCACAAGGUGUGCAUAUAGGAAACUGUGAACUGUUAGAACUGCUAUGUCAACAUGUCAACACACAUGGCGGACUCUGUGAACAGUUUAGGACUGAAGUAUGGCACCAGGGUCUUUCAGCAAUAUGUGACAGCAGCAGCGACAAACUCUUGAACAUUUUACUUCGGUACAAACACGAUCUGAUGUUCACAUUUCGUGGCGAUAGUAAAAUGUUGGAAAAAGCUUUACGAAAUGGUAACAAGCGUUGUGUUGAGAUGUUCUUAAACCAGGACAGUCAUGUCAAUCUUGAAAAAUAUUUAAACAUUACCAUUGAGAAUAAUCAAGUUGAAUGUUUCAUUCUGAUCCUAGAGAGAAUGCGUUUGAAAGAAAAUCCAACACUUGUCAAGAAUACUUCGAGGUUCUUACACAAAGCAGUAAAAUUUGAACGUGGAGUUAUAAGUGAAUUAUUGUCUCAAUGCGUUGAUAUUAACGAAGUAUACCAUCAUAAAACAGCUUUGAUGCUGUGUAAAAAUCCUGAGAUAGCUAAUAUUUUAUUAGCGAAAAAUGCCAAAGUGAACGUGAUCGUGGGCCCUAGACAUUUCAAUGCAUUUCUAUUUCUGUUUUCAUCUCAAAACUUAGAUCAUACCAAUAUAGAUCUUCAUUCUACUGAUGAGAAAACCGAGAGACUACUGAAGUUAGCAGCUGUGUAUUUAAAACAUGGCGCUAACAUAGAAGACAAAGACGAUCAAGGUCGGACUGCUCUAAUGAGGGUGUCACAGCACAACCAGGUCGAGCAAGUCUUAACAUUCUUGCUAGCCUCUGGAGCGAAUCCAAACAACCAAGACAGCGAGGGCAGAACUGCUCUUCAUUUCGCUGUUUCGGGAAGUUGUCACAGAAACGUUGAACUUCUGUUGGAUUACAAAGCCGAUGUCAAUAUGACAUGCCACAAUGGAACAUCCUGUCUACAUCUGUGUGUCACAACACAAAACAUAGAAAUUCUUCAAUGUUUAAUUCAACACUGCGCUGAUGUUGAUAAGGUUGAUACCAUGGGCAAUACACCUUUAUUGUUAGCAGCACGUGCGCCUGUUGUUAACAUCGACAUAAUUAGAUGUCUUGCUUUCGUGGGUUGCAGAUUAAACCAGCAAGACACAGGGGGUAAAUCAGCCAUGAUGUUGGCAGCAGAGAAUGGUUGCAUGGAUGAGAUCUUAUUGCUGCGUGAGAAAGGUGCAUCAGUCAAUGUGAGAUCUUCUAGUCAUCACAAUGUGGUGGACAUAUUAGUGACUAAAAUAGCAGGUUCCCAGGGGAAUGUCAAAGAUUUAAUCUCAUGCGUUAAACAGCUAGUUCAUAGAGGAGCUAGUGCUGCUGGAGUUAAACCAGAAAAUCUUUUUUCCCUAAUACGUAAGGGUCAUCACAGUCUUCUACAAGUACUGAUAACAGGCGGAUUGAGUCCAUCAGAAUGUAUUUUGAAUGAAUAUUUUUCUACGGUCUCAGGAACUGUUUCCCCAUUCUGUUACGCCUUAUUGAAGAACAAUUUAGAAAUGGCAAAAUAUUUCUGGGACAUUGCGUUCUUAACUAAAUGUGAUAUAUCCAACAAGUGCAGGGUACAAGCUAUUAGCUGUGACUUGAAACAGAACAACUACACAGAGAGUUUGAAAUUUGUGGAAACCUUGUAUAAUCAACCUUGGACACUCUUUCAGCUCUGCAAGAUAUCUUUCUCAUCCCGAUAUGCGUCAGGCCUCGAGAAAGAAGCAAAUAUUGGUAUGAUGGAGCUUCCUGAAACAUUGUAUGAAGAACUUAUGUUUAAAAUUCCAGGUACGCAAAAAAUAAAUCUGAAGGAUGUAGAUGUUGAUGUCUCAAUGGACACUGACGUACCAGUUUGGGUCGAUGAUGAUCAACGUCAAUACUACAGUGCUGACGACGCAACUGACCAUAACUACCGAACUCCAAUAUGAGAUCCUAACUUAAGUCAUUAGGAAAUGUACUAACUGCUGUUUAUUCAUCUAGAUGGAAUUAGGACAUACAACUUUAUCAUUACGUGCCCUCAUAUUUUAUUAGGAAUAUGUAAACAAUAUGAAAAAAAGAAACAUUAUUUCUAUACAUUAUAUUCGGCUAGUUCUAGUACUUGUAAAACUGUAGUUGUAUAAAAAAAAAAUUAAAAUUUAAACUAAAUUAUAUUAUAUUUAUUAUUAUUAUGUUAGAAAUGAACGAGUAGUCAUUCUCUGGCGCUGCCAGGGUCGAGUUUCGCUAAAGAGAAACAAAAUUCAUCGUAGUCCCUUUAACAGUUUUCACUGAGGAAUUUUCUGGUGAUGUGGCAGGUCUGCAGCAGUACCGCCCUCUGACAGGCAACGAAGAUGUUCCUAGGAAUGUUAAGGGCCUUGAAGGUGUCUGUGAGGUCAGUUGUUAUUAUCCCCUCGGUUGAUAUAACAAUGGGGUAUAUUGUUAUUUUGGACAAUUUCCAUAGACGCUUAAUCUCCAAGCCUAGGUUCCCAUAUUUUCUUUGUUUUUCUAUCUCAGUUUUUCUUAAAUUAUGAGACAGUGGUACGGCGAUAUCGAUAAUGGUAGCGGUUUUUUCUUUUUUAUCGAUGAACAGCAGAUCCGGGCGAUUGAAAUCUACCGUUUUGUCGGUCAGAAUAGGCUUAUCCCAGUACAGCAGAUGUUCAGUAGACUCGAGAACCUCUUGCGGAGAGUAUUUAUAAUAAGGGGGAGUGUCCUUAUCGAUCAAUUUGUACGUCAAAGCCAGGUGUUGGUGUAUUAACUUUGACAAAGUGGUCUAUAUAGACCUCAGGGGAUCUACGACGACUUCCAAGGGGUCUACGAAAGGGAAAAAAAUAUUUGGGGGUCUAUGAGAUGUAAAUGGGGGCCUACGAGAGGAAAAUCUCAUUUAUAAAUGUUGUGAAUAUGAAUUUGAUUUUACAUUAAUGGAAUUUACAACUAUCCCAUACAAACAUAAUAUUUAUAUCUUAAUUGAAAUCCUAUAUAUUUUAAACAAUUUCUUCGAAAGUGAAAUUAUUUUAAAUUGUAAUACCUUAUUUAAAUAGCUUAUUUUAGUCUACAUGUAACUAACAUUUAUGCUAUUUAACAGAGGCAAAUCCAAAAAUGAAAUGUAGAUAGUACUGUUGAUUGUUUGAAAUUUGUCUUCUUUCCUUGUCGAACUUAUAAUGCCUAUGUGGACUAUGUGCCUUAUAUGUAUCAAAGUUUCAUAAAAUUAUGAAACGAACUUAGCUGAAGGAUCACUUGAGAUGAUACUACCAUGACAAAAUAGAUAAAGACUUAUGAUAAAUUUGAAGAAUCAAUGACAAAGUUGAGAAACGACCUACAUUGGACAAAACCUUUUGAUUUUACACAAAUCUGCAUCUUAUAUCAUUAAAUAAUAAAUCUAACCUACAAAACCUUUGAUUUUACACAAACCUGGAUUAUAUAUCAUUAAAUAAUAAAUCUAACCUACAAAACCUUCAAUUUUACACAAACCUACAUCUUAUAUCAUUAAAUAUUAAAUCUAACCUACAAAAUCAAUGUAUGGGCAUACUGACGUGACAAUUUGUAACAUUGAAAGCUUCUUAAGUAAGUAAUUAUGUAAUUAUUUCCAAACGACAUAUUUCUUUAUUCAGCUGACCGAGUCCAUCUUGUCUUGUAAGGAAGCAUUAAUAUUGGCACAUAACAUGUUCGUUUUAUUAUGGAUUAAAAUUUAAAAAAUCUGAUUGGUAGAUUACAUGAACAUCUUCAGUUUGUUAUCAACGCAGUUGACCAAUCCUGAAGCCAGACGUUCAAUACGUGAUUGUCCAGAAAGUAACGAUAACGUUUAUUCAUUGCUUCUUCACAUUUAAAGCAAGAUGGUUGUCGAAAGACUUCAAUGUUUGAAAAGAUUUUCUAUCUUUAUGACACUGUUUCUCAGUUGUUGAAUGCUAAAGAGUUUAUUUAAAAAAAAUAAUAAUUAAAGCUCAAUUCGGUAUAUUAGACAUUGCCUAUAAAACAGUCUUUUUAGCGGCCCCCGAAAGGGGAAAAGACGCUAUUACUUUUGUGCGAAAUGUCUGUCCGUCUGUCCGUCCGUCCCAUUUAGAUCUCGUAAACAAGAAGAGAUAUUGAAAAUCUGACUUCACAAUAUUUUAGACCAUUCAAAGUUCUGAUGCAACGGCUACUUUUUUUGUUCCUGAAAGCGAAAAUUCUAAUUUUUUAAAAUCAAUUAUGCAAGCAGUUUUUUAUAAGAAAAAGCUAAUUAGUAUGCAUUUUAUGUUAGACCUAAUUUAAGACGAAUAGUAAUCUUAUAAACAUUAUUUUCGCAAACAUUUUUUUUAUAUAGCGGGAAUUUUUUUUUUUUUUGAUCAUUCGAAUAUGAGUUUGAGCCUUUUCAAAACAAUUAACUUAUUUAGUUCAAACCGAGGGUCCCGGGUUCGAAUCCUGGUGAAGACUGGGAUUUUCAACUUCUGAGUCUACCCGCUCUAAUGGGUACCUGACAUUAGUUGGGGAAAAGCAAAGGCGGUUGGUCGUUGUGAUGGCUACAUGACACCCUCGUUAACCGUAGGCCACAAAAACAGAUGAACUUUACAUCAUCUGCCCUAUAGACCACAAACUAGUUAGGCCAGGUUCACAUCUAACUUUACAUUCACUUUCACGUAUCCUUUGAUCUGCGGGACGGUUGGGCACUACACAAGAUCUGUUAACCUUCUUUCUCCAUUCUUAUCUCUCAUUUGUCUUUGAUAUAAUUUCAUUCGGAUGUUCUUUCUGAAAAUAUUGAAGCCUACCUGGGUGGACCACUGGUCGUGCGGUUUGCGCGCUGGACUUUCGUUUGGAUUUAUCGACGAUCGAAGGUUCAAACCCUGCUCUCAUCCCCCGUCGUCCUGCGGGAGGUUUGGACUCGGAAGUAAACUAUCUUUAACUCUGAAGGAUUAUCCGAAUUAUGUAAAACAUUUUACUUCGGGGGCCGAUUUUGAGUUUGUGUUUCCACACAGACUGUCUUUUGUAACCUUGUUUGAUAACUUCAUUGAGUUUAACUUAAAUGUAUUUUUUUUUUCGGUUUUCAUCAUGCUACUAUAUGAAAUCAGUUUAAGAAAUAUCACUUGUCUGGACCAGCAGGAAAAUGGGGGUUUGGUGGCAGGGGCAGACUGGGUGUCAAGUCAGCCCUGUGUAACACCUGUUUUUGUGCUUAGAGGUGUACUAAUCAUUAAUGUGUCUGCUGUAUGCUAAAUAAACAUGUCUUCUCUU